UAAAGACAUGACAUGUUAUCCUCUUGCCACUUAAACAGUACUCGCUUUGCUUGGUGAAUAGGUUCACGCUUGGCUGUCUUUUCCAAAGGACUCCGAUAGGUAUACAGCAUUGUACGCUGUCACAUGACAACGGGUGAAAUAUACAUGUGAGAUAUAUUCUAGGCACACGGGACGUUGCUGGGCCUUCGCUAUAGUUGACAACAUCUUCGCUUGUGAAGGGUAAACCCCUCAUUCUGAGGUAAUAUACAGCAUCUCUAAAUGUUUGGUAUCUGUACUCGCGACUACCUGUACCAAAGUACGUACGAGUCUUCCAGCCUAAAGAAGAGAGAUGUCGUGAAAAACAGAGAAAUGAUGAUACCAUGUAUUUAGAAUAUAUGCUUCUUGCCGUUAUUCUAUUUGUGGCCAGUGCUCUUCAGUGUCCAUGGGGGAAAUUUGGUGACAACUGUGAACGAAACUGCUCCUGCUAUUGCGCCCUCGUGAAAAACAAUACGGCAAAACACUGCAGGAAAUCAAAUGGAGAGUGCUCAGAGGGGUGUAUUCCUGGAUCGUAUGGUAUAAAUUGCACGAAAAACUGCAGUGAAAACUGUCUCAACAAGAUAUGUAAUCAACAUAAUGGACACUGCACCCAAGGCUGCAUCAAAAACUACAAAGGAAUUUUGUGUAACAUUCCCAAAGAUUUCAGUAAUCCAGACACCUGUGCCAGGAAUUCAGCUCAACCUACCUCGGUCGUGAUCCUUGGAAGCUGUCUUGCUUUUUCAGUGCUGUUGAAUAUCAUUCUUUGUGUGCGAUGUUGUGUGCUGUCCUUCAAAAGAAGACUGAAAACAAGUAAAGGGAGACGGAACCCAAAUAACGAGUCGGAAAAUCAGAAACACGAUCAUUGUAUACCUUUACAAAUAUCAUGUCCACGUGGCUUCUGAAACAGUUAGCUGAUGAAGUUCCACCAGUGUUUACGA